UUGUUUUGUUUGUUGGGCAUUUUGCCGUUGAAGUGGGUAAACCGUAUACCUGAGGGAAGAGGGAAUUCGGAACUAGUUUUAGAUGGCCUUGAGUUCCUGAGGAACGGUGCAGGCAGCUUCUUCUUCAUGGAGAACUCAGAGCAACAGCAGUUGCCGAGCGAUGCAAGGUCGUUGAGGUCAAGAGCCUCUCGCAGAAAUCGUUCCAAACCGUAUGAAAGACAGGGACUUUUGUCCAAAGUCAAAGGAUAUCUUCCCACAUGGCUUGGCGGAGAGUCAGACAGCACCACAAACGGUGUGGAAGGCGAUGAAACAGCCGAACAAGGAAUUGAGGCCAGCAAUGAGCAUGUAGAUGAGCAGGCUGUGCCUCAGAAUGGAGCGUCACAACAGCCACAGGUACAGGAGAACACUGACACACGUCAAGCACAGUCAGCAGUGGCCGAUGCCCCUGUGCCUGUAUCCCAGGAGCAGCAUGCCGAGGAGAGUGCUUUGCUCUCCAGUGUACUGGCUGCAGAGCGUAGCGCCGGAGCCGGCCGAAAGAGGUCGGACGAGAACCGACCGGACCCCUACUCGUUCACCCCGGCCGUGGGCAUGAGAUCGAGAACGACGUCGCGCACUACUCCUCUGCCGUCCUAUUCAGAACCUUUCUCUUUCUCGUCACCCACCAUGACACACAUGAAUCUGCCGAGUGAACCAUUGGCACCUUACAACCAACGCCGAGACUUUGUAUCUCCAUUCUACGCAGGCAGGACAACUUUUGGUGGCAACUCGUCGUUCCAGAAGCCUUUUGUUGCCAAGAAGCGGCAGCAUACAUCUUUGACAUCACCAACGUCACCCACCUUGCUGCCUCCCUCGAAGCAGUCGUUCCGUGCUCGUGAAGCUUCUGGUAGCUCAUCGGCUGUAGCCAGUGCGACGGCUAAGCGUAUAUUGAGUGCACUGGACAAGACCUCAGCUAGCCAGUCACCGAUGCAAGUGCAGUCAGCGAUAUCGAGCCGUUCGCCGCUCUCCUUUUCUAAACCUGGCACACGCAGUGAUGCAAGUAUCAGUGGUGUGCCCACUAAGUCCAUUGGUCUGGUCAAGCAGUCUAUGCCUGGACCACCGGUUAGCAGUCUGCACUUUGCCGUGCCAGCCGGACGUCCACAAGCCACCACCGGUAGCUACACAGCUGCUGCUGCUGCAAUGGAUGCGGAGACACCUAGUGCGCGCUUGCGUGACGCCAACUAUUCUGCAAUUGCAUCGGAUACUGCAGCUGACCCAAAGGCAGUUCGUUUUGCCGAUCAGUCAUUCUCGUUGGGCCUGACACAGGCCGGCUCGUUGGGAUUACGAAAUACCUCUACCCCAGCUCCGCAGUCUUCCUCGCUCAGAACCACCUCUGCCAUGGAUGAGAGUGGGCGACAUGAAUCCAGCUCUGGCGUCUCAUCUAAAUCUUCAUCGCUGUCCUCGAAGUUGUCGGCAAGCAGUAGUUCUCAAUCAUCACACUCGGAUGCUACUAUGUGUCUUGGUAGCAGUCCACCACUUGCCCGCCACACGCACAAAACCAGCCUACCAGCAACGUCAAACUUGUCGUCUUCGUCGCCACCACCUGCCAAGAAAUCAAAUUUGUCUAGCAACGUACCGUCGGCGUCCUCAUCAUCAGCAGCGCCUGGCACAUCUGAUUUAGGAUUCCAGUUUGCUGCUCCUGCCGCCAAGGCGUUGACAAGUGCCCGUCCUAAAAGCAAGACUGUAGACUCGCAGGUAAAGUUUGAGUUCAGCACCCCAUCGCCGAGCAAGACCAUGUCUACCCGGUCAGUUGUGGAUGCACUCUCGGCAGGAUCUCCAUCUCUGGAUUCCGGUGCCAAGACCCAAAGCAAAGAGGACAAGACGACCUCUUCAUCCUCACAGCCAUCUCUGGCGGCCAUGUUUGCAGCGAAACGCUCCAAUGAGUGGACAUGCGACACGUGUAUGUCAUCCAACCCGGCCGACAAGGAGAAAUGUCUUGCGUGUGCCUCGGCAAAGCCUGGAAGUAACGCAGUGGCAAAGUCAACUCCAUCGGUUGCUACUGCUUUGUCGUUGACAUCGGCUAGCAGUGGUCAGGCAACAAGCAGCCAGCCAUCUCUUUCAGCAAUGUUUGCUAAGAAGUCUGGUGAAUGGAAUUGUGACAUAUGUAUGGUUGGCAACGAUAGUAGCAAGGCUGCCUGUGUGGCAUGCGGUACUGCCAAGCCAGGUGCAGCAAAACCAGCAGCAUCAUCUGCAGCAGGUAUUGGAUCUGCUUUGUCAAGUGGUUCCAGUGGUUUCAAGCUACCUAGUGGUCUGAAACUGGGCAUGGCUGCUAGUACGGCCAGUGAGGAGUCGAGCAGCAAAACGGAGGCAACAAGCAACCAGCCAUCUCUUUCAGCAAUGUUUGCUAAGAAGUCUGGUGAAUGGAAUUGUGACAUAUGUAUGGUUGGCAACGAUAGUAGCAAGGCUGCCUGUGUGGCAUGCGGUACUGCCAAGCCAGGUGCAGCAAAACCAGCAGCAUCAUCUGCAGCAGGUAUUGGAUCUGCUUUGUCAAGUGGUUCCAGUGGUUUCAAGCUACCUAGUGGUCUGAAACUGGGCAUGGCUGCUAGCACAGCCAGUGAGGAGUCGAGCAGCAAAACUGAGGCAACAAGCAGCCAGCCAUCUCUUUCAGCAAUGUUUGCUAAGAAGUCUGGUGAAUGGAAUUGUGACACGUGUAUGGUUGGCAACGAUAGUAGCAAGGCUGCAUGUGUGGCAUGCGGUACUGCCAAGCCAGGUGCAGCGAAACCAGCAGCAGCAUCGUCGACGGGAGCAACUGGUGGUAUGACUCUGGGGGCCUCCGGAGGACUGACACUUGGUGCUUCGGGUGGUCUCAAACUGGGUGCUAGUGGUGGUUUGCAACUUGGUACAAGUGGUGGUCUGAAAUUGGGUGGUGCAGGGCUUGGAAGCUCUGAUACAGCUAAAACUGAUGCAGCAAGCACUGACAGCGGGGCUACGAAAUUAACAUUCCCAUCCAUGCCGUCCAUGCCAUCCAGUACAUCAGCAGCAAGUGGAGGUUUCUCCCUGCCAGCUGGUCUGAAGCUAGGUACAGCAGCAGCUGCAGCCAGUGACUCAACAGCUGAGGAAAAAGAGUCCACAACGACAGGAACGUCGUUGUUCAAGUUCGGUGCAGGAUCGUCAUCAUCCACGUUCUCUGAAGCCAGUAGCAGUGCUGCUGCUGUGCCAGCUGUACCGUCGUUUAUCACCGGCGGCACUACAGCCAAAUUUGGUGCUAAAGAAGAGUUGGCGGCAGGAAAGCCAUCCGUUACUACAGCACUGCUUGAUGCAGGGUCUUCAUCCAGCACCAUGUUCUCAGCGGGUACAACUGCUGCAGCUAGCAGUGCAAGUACAGCUCCAGCUGCUGCUGCUACUGCUGGCAAUGGUCUUUUCAAGUUUGGGGGUGCCAGUAGCAAUGCGUCUGCAGCUUCAUCCUCGUCCUCUUCCCCGGCCCCAGGCGCAGCGACGACAACAACGACGGACAUGUUCAAGUUUGGCGGUGCCACUUCCAAGCCAGCAGCCACAACUGCUGCAGCUGCCUCUGAUGCUAGUGCUGCAGCUGCUAGCAGUCUUCUCCAGUUUUCCGCUGGCACUGGCACGAAACCGGCCUCCUCUUCCUCGGCAAGCGGAGUAGGAUUUAACUUCACGGCUGCCCAAGGCACUGCUACUAGUGGCACUUCGACCAUGUUUCAAAUGCCAGGCGCGUCGGCCACGGCAUCUUCAUCCGAUGCAAGCAAUGUUGCUGCUGGUGCUGGUGGUAGUGGUCUAUUCCAGUUUGGUGGAGCGUCAAGCAGUGGCAUUGCAGCAUCAACGGCAGUGACAGCUGCAGGCACAGGCAGUGCCAUCAAUGCUGCUGCAGGAGGUACUGCCGGUGGCGCUGGUGGAGGUGCAAGCGGUCUCUUCAAGUUUGGCGCUAGUGCCAGCACAGCAGGUUCAUCAAACACACCCGCUGCUGCUGCUGCUGCCACAAGCAGUUUAUUUGCAGGUGUUGGUACUGGUGCAGUUACAAACCCACUAGGCACUGCUGCUGCUCCGGCCGCUGCCAGCAGCAGUAGCAUGUUUGCCUUCGCCGCAGGUGCUGGAUCCUCAGCAGCUACUGGUGCAACUGCUGGCCAAUCAACUGGACUUCCCAACUUCAACCCGCCUGCACCAAACUCUGGUGCCACCAACACAAGUAUAUUUGCUGGUAUUGGUGGUGCUGGUGCAAACGGUAAUAGCGGUGCUACCGCUGCCACCACCACUGGUUCUGGUCUUUUCAAUUUCUCUGGUGCAGGUGGCAGCACUGGUGCUGGCACGUCUUCUGCUGGAUUGAACUUUGCUGCUUCUGCUGCGGGCAAUGUUGGUCCUGCUGCUGCUGCUGCUGCUCCUGCUCCGUUCAACUUUACACCCGUGGCGGCUACUAAUAACACUGCAGCGGGCACCGGAGCGUCACCAUUCCAGUUUGGAGCAAACGGUGGCGCUUGUAUCGCUCCUGCUGCCGUCGCUGCGCCUGGCGGCGCUCAACCCUUCCAGUUUGGUGCGGGGUCCAGUGCUGCUACGGGUGGUGUUGCAGCUGCAUCUGGCACUGGUAUGUUCCAAUUCUCUGGCGCCAGCAAUACUGGAAUGGGCUCAACACCGGCACCUCAGUUUGGUGGUGCAACAAUGGGCAGUGCUGGCAAUGCCGCUGCUGCUGGCACUGUUCAGUUUAGUGCCGGUCCUGGCAGCACAGGCAACACGGGUGCUGCACCUAGACCAUUCAGACGAGCCGUUCGCCGCAAGAAGACGUAACGCAGACAAGAGUACUCCGUUGAACAUGUUGAGAUCCUGGUGCCAUUCGUUUGGCAUCGCUCCGUAAGCCAUCGCUCCAGCUCCUUGCUACCCGUCACUGAGUAAUGGUGAACGUAAGCAAUUCUUAACGGUUUGGUCACUACUGCAGAGCUGGCCCAGAACAGCAGACAGUGUUCUCCGUUAUCACCGUCUGACACUACGUCAUUAGGGGCAAGCCAGCGUUGUUCCCUGUGCUAAGCAAGUUCCACUUUGUCGUGUGGACUUCCUCUUGGCCACCAAUGCUACUGUGCGUGUGUGGGUGUGCGUGCGUGCGUGCGUGUGCGUUGUAAAUUUAUUCUUCGUUUGUACACUUUCUCAGUCAUCACUUCUGCUGUCUUGUGCUUUGGUGAUAGGUUGCCUUUGUCUUUUUGGUUUAACUUGUCAUCCUCUGCUGCCUGGUCGCAGUGGUGUAUAUGCUGUGGCGUGGUCUGAAUACCCACGCAUGUUGCUGCACACGUGGUCGUUUGCAGACCGGGUUGCGUGUGUGUGACGUAGCAGUAUGCGUGUAUGAUGUAGGUAGCGUCAUGUGCUGCCCGGCACUACAGUACUACUGACCUCAGUCGUAGCAUGGGUCUCUGCUGCACUGUGUUAUGACCGGCAAACUUGCUCUGGACAGGUCUGACUGAUUCUCUGUCUUUGCUCCUUGCUUCGUCCCCCUCACCAUCUCUCUUUAUCUAUCUCUAUCUCUCUCUAUUUGUUUUUAAACUCCUAACAACAACACCUUCUUGUGUCCAGCCUAAUUCCUGACCUCCAUGUAGCCGUAUCUAUUCUACGACAGUACUCGUACACGUGCUGCUGCUUUUUUCCCCGAAAGAACUGGCCUCGACAAAUGCCAUGCAUUUCCUUGGAGCUACAAGAUGUUCCGUCAACUGACUGUAGUCAGAAUGACUCUUACAGUACAUGUACCAUGUGUACCGCCUAUUGCAGUAACGUUAUUGGCAUCAGUGUAGAGUUUCUUAUGUGGUCUUGCUGCGGCAUCGAUACUCACGCAGCGUGUACUCUUAUAUCUGAUCUCUUACCAGUGUUACCAAGAGUACAUGUACUCUUCGUGUUACUGCCUGUUCGUGGCAAGCGAAAGCUAU